CUGACGUCAGUGCGAUACAGUUCACAGCUCGCGUGCAGUAGGGAAAGUUGUGUAUUUGUGAAGGGUGAUACAAGCAGAAGGAUACUUUUCGUAAAAUAGAAUUUAAUAAUUGAAUAUGGAGGAUCAACAGGCGGAAACUAUGGUGGUUCACCUUUCAAGACCAGACUCUGGUAUGUCAUGGGGUUUUAGACUGCAGGGCGGAGUGGAUUUUAAUACACAGCUAUCUAUACAAGUGGUUCAGCCUAAAAGUGUAGCUGCGAGAUGUGGACUGCGACCAGGAGAUGGAAUCAUCCGUAUAAACAAUACAAACACAGACGGUCUAACACAUGAACAGGCAAAAAUGGAGAUAAUCAGAUCGUGUAAUGAUAUUGAUAUGCUAAUUGCCAGAGGUGCAGUACAGAUAUGGAGACCAAAAGUAACCCCCAUGUCAGAGCUGAGACCAGAAACAAAGCAACCUGUACAAACAGCAACAGGAGAUGAAAUAUAUCUGCAACAAAGAACUUCUCUAGCCAGGGAUCACCAAGAUGAAUCAAGUAAUAUUGGUAGCUCAUACAACAGAUCAGCAAAACCUUUCAGUGGAUUUGGAGGGGGUGCACCCCAGCAGCAACAGCCUCCACAACAACAAUACGGUGGGCAACAACAAUAUGGUGGCCCGCAACAAUAUGGUGACCCGCAACAAUAUGGUGGUCCACAACAAUAUGGUGGCAGUCCACCACAGUCACCAAAGCGUGCUGUGCCGAAUGUUGUGCAUGCACAGUUUAAUUCCCCCAUUGGCUUGUAUUCAGCUGGAAAUAUUGCUAAUUCAUAUGCUCAACAAACUGCUGGCAUCCAGAAACAAAUGGAAAAUAUUGAUGUAAAUGAUGCUCCAGUUGGUGCCAUGAUGACUGGGACCUAUCAAAGGCUAGAUUCAGACCCAGGAUCUCAAGGUGAUGAUGAUGUCACCAACCCAACAAAUAAUCCAUCAUCUGGAUCACCCACAAGCUUGCAGAAUAACAUACCAUCUGAAUCAACUGAAAGCUUGCAGCCCCAGAAUGAAGUGUUAUCAGAUGAGCAUGCUACAAAUGCAGAAACUAAUACAGUUAUUAACCCUAGUCAGCCAUCUGGAUUCCGAUCAGUGUCCGCCCCUGUUGCUAAGCCACCAAGUGCUUCAGCUCCAAAACAAGAGAGCAUGCAUUGUACCGGCUGCGGAAAUUUAGUCACGGGUGUGUUUGUUAGAAUAAAGGGUAUGCCAUACCAUGAAAAAUGUUUCAAAUGUGUCAGAUGUGGGGUUUUCUUAAAACAGAAAGGUUACUUUAUGAUUGACGGUCAACUGUACUGUGAAACUCAUGCAAGACAAACAGCAGAUGCACCAGGGGAAAACUUGAGAGUUGCAGGAGCUGUAUACAGAUAAGCUGUGGAAAAUUAGGAAGUGAUCAAAUUUCUUGUAAAUAGAGGUGUGAUAGUUUGUGUUUCUAUAACAACCCAAGUAUUCCUGCCAAUUAUAUUACUCCUAGUGUUCUCCUCAACAAGUGAAGAAUAUUUGAUCGAAGAAUAAUUGAGCCGCGCCAUGACAAAGCCAACAUCAUGGGUUUGCGACCAGCAUGGAUCCAGACCAGCCUGCACAUCUGAGCAGUCUGAUCAGGAUCCAUGCUGUUUGUUUACCAACUAUUACAAGUAAAGAAACUGAUAGCGAACAGCAUGGAUCCUGAUCAGACUGUGGGGAUGCGCAGGCUGGUCUGGAUCCAUGCUGGUCGCAAACCCACUAUGUUAGUUUUGUCGUGACGCAGCUCAAUUUUAGAUUGUAAAACUAAAAUAACAUAGCACAUUAUAAUCAAAUGCAAUGUUUAGCAUAAUUAAUGAAUCAUGGCUGAUAAUUGAGAUGUUUUAGUUGAGAAAUCUCAAAGUGAAUGUAGUUCUUCAGAAUGAGAAUCUUUCUAAUGUAUGUUUUAUUGUAUAUGAAGAUUGAUAUUUUGGUGCUAUUUGAUAUUACAUACCUGAUUUAUUUAUCAGAUUUUGUUUAUUUUUCAACAUUUUAUUCAUGAUAUUUCAUGUCAAUCUGAUUUUAUUUCACACGAAUAUUUGAGUAUAACAAAAGUGCAAUAAGAAAUGAUAGGGUAUUAAUGUAAAUUGUUGGUAUUGUUUUGGAUGACAAUACAUUUCUGUUAAUGAUUUUGUAACUUUGUGUCGGUUAACCUUGUACCUUAGUUUUACCCUUGGGGCACCCUUAUCUCUGUAGGUUCGAGCUGCACAAACGUUUUGGAUGUGAGAAAGCUAUCCAGCUAGCUUAUGAAAUGUUGAUGGUUCUACUCAGGUGCCUGUUUGUGCCUGAAAUAAUGCACAGAGGGGCACCUGAGGUCGUCCUCCACCAGUAAAGCUGGAAAGUCACAAUAUAAAAUGACCUAUACUGUGUUCACUGGUGUGACGUAAAACCCAAUAAAAACAAAACAAAAAAACUUUUAUAUUUCCUUAGUAUAAAUGUGGAUGAGCUUGGUAUUGUGUUAAACCUGAAGGAUAGUACAUAGAAGUUUUACAAUGGUGGAAAAAUUGUUUGGCAAUAACAAGUUUUUUUUAUGAUUUGGAAAGGUUUGUCUUUUAAAUGCAUUACAAACUUGGCCCCUAAAACCAACAUUACAAUGUGUUUAAUGAAAACCUUUCAUGCCUUGUUGUUAUGAAUAAUGUUAACUUCUUUGAAGUUGUGUAAAACUGUGGAAACUAGCAUGUGUACAUAUCACUAGUGUAAAUUAAUCAAGAAUAUUCCACUUUAUAUCUUAGCAUAAUUUAUGUCUUGCUUUUUAUAUAGUCUUAAUUAUCUGUAUAAACAUUUUAAUCUAAUUUUAUUGAUAAAAGGGCAUAAUAGUUCAGACAUAUGUCUCACUGAAGAUUGAGUCCCAAAGUCAUGAAUUUAUUAUGAUGGCUAAAAGAAGGCAAACAUCUUAUUGAUCAAAAUAAAAUGUAAUUGUGGGCCUAAAAUUUUGAAGUAUUUUUAAAGAGUCAUUGAUGAAAGUGUAGAAAUGCUUUCAUUUUCAUUGCAUCAGUUAACCUGUUCAGCCUGAAAUAUUGAGAACGGAAGUUUCCAUUGUCAAAUAUACUUAUGUCAGACAUAUAUUGCUGCCAUAAUGUCACUACUCAAGAAUCUCUACUGGUCCAAAAUGUUUGUUGCAAGCAGACUGUCCAUUGCAUAACCCAAGCUUCAUAAUUGGACAAUAAUCCAUCUUAGACAGUGUAGGGUAUACAUGUAGUAAUACAAGCUUGUGGUAUAUGCCUGCUUUUAUGUUGCCACCCUACACAGAACUUUUUUUCGAGUUUCGUAGACCAUCUAUAUACCAUUAUUGGGUACAGUAAUAUAUUUCUUGAUUAAUUUCUACUGUUACAACUUGUUUGUUUCUUGUAUUAUGAGUAUUUGUAAAAUGUAUGUAAAAUUAUAAUAAUAAUUAUUAUGUUGUUCUUUUUACAUGUUAAGUUUGACUGUUCAUGAUAGACUUGCUGUGCAUUUUACUGAGUUUUAUUUUUAUAUGUUUUUAUAAAAAAAAUAAUAAGGUUUAUAACUGAGUACAAGGCUUAUUUGCAUUAAUUAGUUCAAUAAUAUCAAGAGGGGAAACAAGUAAUUUCCUUAAUUGAUACAGAAAUGAUAAACUAUGAUCUCCUGUAAUAAGUAUGUAAUGAGAGAUCUGUACAAAGUAAUGAGGGAUAUGUAGAAUGUAAUGCGGGAUCUGUAAGAUUUAAUGAGGGAUCUGUACGAUGUAAUGAGGGAUCUGUACGAUGUAAAGAGUGAUCUGUACGACGUAAUGAAAGAUCUGUAUGAAGUAAUGAGGGAUAUGUAGAAUGUAAUGAGGGAUCUGUACGAUGUAAUGGGGUAUUUGUAGGAUGUAAUAAGAGAUCUGUAGGAUGUAAAAAAUGGCCUGAAAAUUCAUCAUAUAUGUUGAAUUUAUUAAGGUCUGGUUUAUCAUUGCAGUGGCCAGUGUUAUUCAUUAGAUCAUAAAAGUGCAAACUUUCCAUAAAUUUUGUGCUUUUUUUGCACACAAUAUUAUAAUAAAUAAUAUUUCAGAAUAAAAAUCCAUUUUUUAUUAUUUUUACAUCAUUACUGUUUUGUAAGACAAUGAUAUUAUUUUUAUGUAACCAAUCUUUGGUUGGGAAUUAUUUUGACCUUAUGCUUCAAUGGCUUAUGAUAUACAAUGCUUCAAUACUGAUAUUAUGUAGCAAUAGCUCAGCACUUUGUGUCUUGUAAUUUUAGGUUUUAUUGAUAAAAAAUAAAACAAUAGAUCAAACUGGA